AAAAUUACCAACAUUUUGAUCAUGAUCAAGAUGAUAGAUUACCACCACUCUCAAUAACUGAUGUAACAGCCAAUUCAAAUGAAAGUAAAUCAGAAACAACAACAGCACCACGUAUACUUAAAACUGAAAUAUUAGAUUGGCUUCGAUCAGAUUUUGAUGAUAUUGAUAUGGGUUCAACAACAACAACAGUUGCAAGUGAUCGUGUUACACGUUCGAUGAAAAAAUUAUGUGUUGAAGAAAAUAAAGAUGAAUUAGAAAGUAAAGAUUUGAUUCACGUUGAAUAA